AUGCCUAAGGCAUAUUUCGACCAUGACCCUAUAACCCUCCAAGAGGGAAGCCACAUCGGCGCUGUGGUCGGUGACAAAACGAUUGAGCCCGACGGAAUGGAAAUGGUUACUGGAGAAGUUGACCGGGUCAUUAUUCGUAAAUCUUCGGAUUCCACUCUGGAGCUCAAGUGUACGCAGGAUGUUCGUUUUAUGCCGGGAGAACAAGUGAUAUUACAGCAGCUGGAUCCCGUUAGUUACGCUGCGAUCGGCAUGAAGAGUGGAAAGGAAGUCGAGUUUAAGGAGUAA